AUAUUGUUAUGCGAUUAUAUCUUUGUAUACAACUGGUGAAUGGAUCUUGCCCGUCACUGUACACGUGUCAUUAUCUAAAACAGCGCAAGUCAACAAAGGCAGAGGGUGAGAGAGAGAGAGAGAAAGAGGUUCGGGGAAAUUCGACUAUGAAUCUAAGGAAAGUAUGGGGAUCGGUGUGGAGCCGAUCGAAUGCAAGGAUUCGACGAAGGCGAUUCAGGUUCUUCGUCUUCUUCUGUCGGCGCGUUCGAUGAGCUACCGAUGGAUAUACUAGUCCAGAUACUGAUGCUGAUGGAGCCAAGAGACUUGGUGAAAUUGAGAUGUGUGGAUGAUGAUUGAUUGUCACUUGUCAGAGAGUUUCAGUGUCUAGCUUAUUUUUGCAGAAUGAUUUCUAGUGAAUCAGAGGAGUUGUCCUUCAUGCGUGUUUAUGGUCAAAGGGCACAAGUUCCCGACUCUAUCAUUAUCGAUGGUGGUUCUGGAUAUUGCAAGUUUGGCAGGAGUAAGAAUGAUUCACCUUCUGGACGUUCUGCUACUUUUCUGGAAUUUGGCAACAUUGAGUCACCCAUAUACGCUAGGCUUCAACAGUUCUUUGUAACCAUUUUCAACAGGAUGCAGGUUAAGCCAUCUAUGCAGCCAAUAGUGGUUUCACUUCCCCUCUGCCAUUUUUCAGAUACUGAAUCGGCAAAGGCAUCAAGGCGGCUGCUUAAGACUGCUAUCCUUAAUGUCUUGUUCGACAUGAAUGUUCCUGCAGUAUGUGCAGUUAAUCAGGCUGUUCUAGCUUUAUAUGCUGCACGGCAGACAUCUGGAAUUGUUGUUAACAUUGGUUUCCAAGUCAUAACCAUUGUCCCAAUUUUGAAUGGGAAGGUGAUGAGGCAGGUAGGUGUAGAAGUCAUUGGUUUUGGAGCAUUUAAACUCACGGGCUUCCUUAAAGAGAAGAUGCAAGAGAACAACACUACCUUCCAAUCGCUCUACACUGUUCGUACUCUAAAAGAGAACCUGUAUUAUGUGGCUCUUGAUUAUGAAGCUGAACUUUCGAGAGACACAAAAGCUUCAAUGGAAAUUAUGGGUGAAGGAUGGUUUACUCUGUCAAAUGAGCGUUUUCAGACAGGGGAGAUACUAUUCCAACCACGUCUUGCUGGAAUGCGCGCAAUGGGGUUGCAACAGGCAGUCGCGCUCUGUAUGGACCACUGUGAUGCAGCAGAACUUACUGGCGAUGGUAGCUGGUUCAAGACUGUAGUAUUGGCUGGAGGAAGCGCAUGUUUGCCAGGGCUUGCAGAAAGGCUAGAGAAAGAACUGCAAAACUAUCUUCCUUCAUCAUCUAUAUGCAAUGGAGUUAAAGUAAUCCCUCCUCCUUGCGGAGUGGACACAGCAUGGCAUGGGGGAAAACUUAUCAGUAACUUGAGCACCUUUCCUGGUUCUUGGUGCAUCACAAGAAAGCAGUUCCGUCGCAAGUCAAGACUAAUGUGGUGAAUGUCUUAGUUUUUCUUUUUACUUCUAGCUUUGCAAAGACCGUGCUAUUCCUUCAGUAAGAGAUGGGCAGGUUGCAGCUGCUUGCAAAUAGUUUUACACAAGUCCAUAUGUAUAGUGAUGGUAUCUAUUAUUGAUCACACAAG